AAAAUCAAUCCAACCAAAGGUCAAAACUCCCUCUCUCUCUCUCUCUCUCUCUCUCUCCCCUUUCGUCUCGAAGGACACACACUCCUUCUCCCACUUAAAAUGGCGGCCAAGAACAAGAACAAUAACAGCGAUGCUUCUUCCCCUCCUCCCCUUCCUUACCCUCCUCCGUCGUCCCCUUCUUCUUCAAGCAGAGUACCCUGACCGGUUCUCCCCAUCUCUAUGAGAUUCAGCCCCUUCUUUUGACAUUCUUAACCUCCUCCACCAACCCCUCAGACCAUUCCUCAGCCAGCCCACCAUUAAAGUCCCCUCCCCCUCGUUCUCCGUGCCAAGCUUCAAACUUUCCCAAAAGCUCCCACCCCAGCUCAAGAACAGCUGAGAGGAAAACCAUCCUGGAUUUCUCCUGCUGUGUCUUUCUCGACAAAAUCUUGAUUUUGCUCCUUUCCCUUGUCUUCCCGUCGAGGUAUCUCAACUGGGUCGGUCUCAAUUUUGGGCGCGGAGUCCCCAGUCGACAGCUGAGCUAAAGAGCAGCUCGAAAGAUCCCAGCUUGCUUUCUUGGUUCCGUCCCCGAGCCCACAAUCCCCUGUUCGAGAGAGCGGAGUGAAGAGAAGGAAUGGGGAGCAAAUGGCGCAAAGCGAAGCUCGCUCUGGGCUUGAAUCUGUGCGUUUACGUGCCCAGAACCCUUGAGGACUCUCCUCCCGACAGCGACGAUGCUUCGACGGAGAGGCUCUCGGAUGCGGCUCUGCUCUCGCCGGGGAACUGGGACGCGGGCCAUUCGAGACCCAUGACGCCGACGCCUUCCUCUCACGGCCUGAGGUUCUCUAGGAGUGCAAGCAAGUCCUCCAAGCAGACUUGCUCGAUUUGCUUGACCAAAAUAAAGCAAGGAGGAGGGCACGCGAUAUUCACUGCAGAAUGCUCACACUCCUUCCACUUCCAUUGCAUCGCUUCGAGUGUAAAGCAUGGGAACCAAAUCUGCCCUGUAUGCAGGGCUAAAUGGAAGGAGAUUCCUUCCCAUGCUCCUUGCCUAGAUCUGCCUCCCCCUCUCAGGGGAGCCCCGACAAAUCCUGCCCGUUGGGCCAACAAUGAAGCACUAGUCACCAAUGUCCGCCGCCUUCCUCCCACUCAGCGGGACACAAAUCGGCGCCACAUCGUGCCCUUGUUCCAGGCCCCUGAGCCCGGUGUCUUUGAUGAUGAUGAAUUAUUGGACCAUCACCAGCCUGUGUUUUCUGAGAAGAGCUCUUCUAAUGACCUCUUAGAGGGCAAUUUCACGAGUAUGGUUGAGAUUAAAACAUAUCCGGAAGUUUCAGCUGUUCCACGGGCGCAAUCCUAUGAUAACUUCACCGUACUGGCCCAUCUCAAAGCAGUCCCUGCAUCUAAAAGCAGCAACCAAUGCCAAGCAUACUUCUUGCAAGCUCCUCGAACUCCUCGAGCUCCAGUGGACCUUGUCACUGUGCUCGAUAUCAGUGGGAGCAUGGCAGGCACGAAACUUGCACUAUUAAAACGGGCAAUGGGCUUUGUUAUUCAAAACCUCAGUUCCAGCGAUAGGCUCUCUGUAAUUGCCUUCUCUUCCACCGCCCGCCGCCUCUUUCCUCUUCGGCGAAUGACUGAUAUUGGGCGGCAGCAGGCCCUUCAAGCGGUGAACUCACUGGUAGCUAAUGGCGGGACAAAUAUUGCUGAAGGCCUUAGGAAGGGAGCCAAGGUGAUGUCUGAUCGGAAGCAGAAGAAUCCUGUUGCUAGUAUAAUACUGUUGUCUGAUGGGCAGGACACUUAUACCGUUAAUAAUUCGGGCGACAGUGAGUCCAAACCCAAUUACCAGCUUCUCCUCCCUCUAUCAAUUCAUGGAGCUGAUAACACGGGAUUCCAAAUCCCAGUUCAUGCUUUUGGGUUUGGGACAGACCACGAUGCUUCAUCCAUGCACUCAAUAUCAGAGAUCUCUGGGGGAACGUUCUCUUUCAUUGAGACCGAAGCUGCGAUCCAGGAUGCGUUUGCCCAGUGUAUUGGGGGAUUGCUUAGUGUGGUCGUACAGGAGCUGCAGGUGAGCAUUGAAAGUGCACAUCCAAGUGUUCGCUUGAGCUCGCUCAGAGUGGGAAGCUACCCUAGCCGUGUGUUGGUGGGUGGACAAUCAGGAGUGAUUGAUGUGGGAGAUCUAUAUGCCGACGAAGAACGGGAUUUUCUCAUUACCGUUAAUCUCCCGGUUGAGGCUUCCAAUUCUGAGACAGGUCUUCUCAAGGUUAGAUGCAUCUACAGAGACCCUUUGACAAAGGAAAUGGUGACGAUAGAGAGCGAAGAAGUCAGGGUUAAAAGACCAGAGACUGCUGAGCAAGAAGCAGCAACUGUAUCGAUGGAAGUGGACAGGCAGAAGAAUCGGCUGCAGGCAGCGCUGGCAAUGUCUCAGGCCCGCACGGCAGCUGAGCAGGGGGACCUUGCUGGUGCUGCCUCAAUCCUUGAGAACUGCCGCCGGGUCCUAGCUGGGUCGGUGUCGGCAAAGUCAGGGGACAGGCUCUGCGUGGCUCUGGACGCUGAGCUCAAGGAGAUACAAGAGAGGAUGGCAAGCAGGCAUGUUUAUGAGGCCUCCGGGCGAGCUUACAUUCUUUCGGGGCUGAGCUCCCACUCGUGGCAAAGGGCAACGGCGAGAGGAGACUCCACUGACGGGUCGAGCCUCGUUCAAGCAUAUCAAACACCAUCCAUGACCGAGAUGCUCACUCGAUCUCAAGCCAUGCUGCUAGGAAGCCCAUCAACUCAGAGGCUCAUUCAACCUCUAUGGUCCCUAGGUUCACAACCGAACCCGAGGUAAUCCUACCGAGUUUUAAGGUCUGUCUUGUCUUGAAUUGGGAUUUUUGGUCCUUCGUUUUGCUUGUGUAAAUGAAUAAAAUCUGGGGAGAAGGGCGAAAUAGGCUUUUAUAUGUUCGACGGGAAGGAGAAUGGGGAAUACCAGUGCUUAGGUAGGCUUUUUUGGGACAUUUUUGCUUGGAUGUUUUGUUGGGGUAAUGUAUAGAAACUCGAGCGUUUGGCUUCUCUUUGAGAGGAUUGAACUUUAAACUAGUGGGAGAAUUGUGGUAUAUAUGCCUUGUAAUUGUUGGAAAAAGGUUAUGCAAUGAAUUUCCUCUCAAUUCUUUGGUCAGA